CCUAGUAAUGCUUUCCUUUCUCAUAUAACAGUUUGAACAGGCUAUAAGCACGCACCCUCCAUCCAACUAUAGACAGGUUCAGCUCCGACAUUGACUAGCUGUGUGGUGACCCUGAACCUCAGUCUCCUUAUUGUAAAAUGGGGAUGGUCUUUGCACUGCCCACCUCAUAAAGUACCAUGGAAAUGAGUUAGUGAUUUACUAGCCUCAUCUGCCCAUCGAGCCUCAGCCUGUCCUUUUUGAAAAUGUCGAGGCUCUGGACCUGCCUUAAAUCUCCCAAAAGCAGCACCAAAGACUGGGGGAGGAGUGAUGGCACGUACAGCAUCUCCUCCCGCCUGGUGAACAUCUGCGUUGCGUGUUUUGGAGGCUACGGAGUCGGGACUACCGCUCCCAAGAAAAGUAGCGCUCAUUCUAGGCUAGAACGCAGGCUCCUGCUGCGCUCUGCCUCCCGGGAACUGUAGUUCCAAAGAGCCAGCCCUCCUUAACUGGGCGGAGUGGAAAGCUCAUGUGCUAUUUUUCCUGGGUAAUGUAGUCCCGCGGAGCAUCUGACUGAAGUCCCCGGGGCCCCCAACAUCCCCGGGUCCUGGGGAGGCUGCGGGGGUUCCCAAUGGACCACAGAUAGCUUCCCGAAGUAGCAUUCCAGACUACCGGGUUCCGAUUUGGGCCACACUUCGGGGAUCUCAGUGCUUUUCUCCAGCCUUUCUCCGGCCCUCACUAAGGGAGAAUUGGAAGAAGACUGUUUGGGGUCUCGGACUCCCGGCAAUCUGUUUCUUGCCCAAGACCCCGCCCCAAUUUCCGAAGGCCCCGCCCCUUUGCCCACUGGUCCCGCCUCUCAGACUCUCCCAGAUUCCCUCGUGGGAACCCCGAACAGCUGGCAGGAAGCGCCAAACUGCUGCCCCGGCUCAAGCCCCCGGGGAUCAAUCAGGCCGAGGAGUUAAUUAUGUAAUUAGGGAGUAGGGGGCCUAGGCUAAUGAAGUCAAGCCGUCGGGCUGGCUGGAGGGGACGGGGAGAGGGGGAGGGAGGUGGACUGACUUGUUGGACAUAUGGGAUUGGGGAGGGGGGGACCCAGGCAUUCCCGUCUGGGCCCCAUGGGCCGUCCCCCUCCUCCCCACCCCGACCUUUUCCCCCUUUCCUACAUCCUGCACCCCCAGCCCUGAAGGCCCCCGGGGGAGGAGGAGCUGUGACCAGGGGCCAAGGGGGCUGAGCCCUGGGCUAUAGCUAUAAAGGGGGUAUCACCUGGGCGGGUGGCUCAGUGCUAAGCAGACAGAACAGGACAGGAGGGGCCUGGAAUCCGCCCCAUGUACCAUCCCCGAGAGCUCUAUGCCCCCUUGGGGGCCAGCUACAGGCUUCGGCCCCCCCAGCCUGGGGGGGACAUUGGUUUUCCAGCCAGUCUGUCAGAGGGAUACCGUUACUCAGACCUGGACACCCCCAAAUUAGAUUGUUUUCUCUCAGGGCUGGAGGCUACUCCCCGGCCUCUGGCUGCUCCACCACCCUUGCCUCCAUUGCCCCCUCCUUUGGGAGGAGAGUCAACUGCUCCUGCCUCAGCUUCCGAGGCUUCCCGCCUGCUCCCAGGGGUCAGCCUGAGCCUGGAGAACCAUGAUUUGUGGAAAGAGUUCAACUCUGUGGGAACAGAAAUGAUCAUCACCAAGGCUGGGAGACGAAUGUUCCCUGCUUGCCGAGUGUCAGUGACUGGUCUGGACCCUGAAGCUAGAUACUUGUUCCUCCUUGAUGUGGUACCCGUGGAUGGGGCCCGAUACCGUUGGCAAGGCCGCCGAUGGGAGCCAAGUGGCAAAGCCGAGCCUCGACUUCCUGACCGAGUAUAUAUCCACCCGGACUCCCCUGCCACUGGUGCCCACUGGAUGAGGCAGCCCGUCUCCUUCCAUCGAGUCAAGCUGACCAACAAUACCUUGGAUCCACAUGGACACUUGAUCCUUCACUCAAUGCACAAGUACCAGCCCCGGCUACAUCUAGUUCGGGCUGCCCAGCUCUGUAGCCGACAUUGGGGUGGCGUUGCUUCCUUCCGAUUUCCUGAGACAUCAUUCAUCUCAGUCACAGCCUACCAGAAUCCUCGGAUCACACAACUGAAGAUCGCAGCUAAUCCCUUUGCUAAAGGGUUCCGGGAGAAUGGGAGGAACUGUAAGAGGGAACGGGAUGCCAGGGUUAAGAGGAAGCUGAGAGGGCCAGAGCCUGUCAUUGUGGAGGCCUAUGGUGGAGAUGGCCCUGGAGGUCCUUGUGACUCUACAUUGGCUGGAGACCUUCCAGAACAAGCAUCUUCUUCCACUGAGGUACCCACACCUCCUUGUGGAGGGUCCAGUGCUGAAGCCUACCUUCUGCACCCAGCUGCUUUUCACGGGGCUCCCAGUAGCCUUCCCACCAGGGCCUCUUCCUUCCCAGAGGCAGCAGAGCCAUUGUCUCGUCCUUCAUCCUACCAGGCACCCUUCCUAGAACUGUCUCCAGGGAAUGGGGUGUCUAGUCCUGGAUACCCCCCAGCUCCUCCAGCAUCAGCCUUUGCCCCUCACUUCCUCCAAGGAGGACCCUUUCCCCUUCCCUAUCCAGCCCCUGGGGGCUACCUGGAUGUUAGCAGCAAGCCCCUCUAUUAAGCCUGAGGGGGCACCCACCAACCUUUCCUCUGGAGCCCGGGAGACUCUGGGGCCAUCUCCCUCCCACACCAAAUGGCUGCUUUGGCUUCCUUCAUCUCAGCCAAGCCUACCCCCAACUCAGUUCACACUUCAGCUUUAGCUCACACCCCCCUCCUGCUUCAAAGCCUGUGGAGGUAGGCUUGGGGGGAGACCAGCUGCUCCAGCUUCCCCUUCCUGGGCUCUCACCUGGGUGUGAAUGGAGGGUGGGGGCUGGGCCAGCAGGAGCCUGGGCCUCACCAAAAGGACAGGUCAGGGGCCACCACCAGAAACUCAAGGGCAGCAGCCCGUGGGGAGUGCUCUGAGCCGUUUCCCCACUUGACACCACUGUUUGCACCAGUUUACAUCUAUAUCCCCUUACCUCCAUGCUGGGAUGCAGAGCAGACUAUCUUCACCCCCACUGCCAAAUGGACAGUAAUUAUUCUCUCAAAACACCUUUGGGCUCCAGCCUCCCCCUCCCCUAAAAUAAAACUUUCAAGUCAGCA